CGUCAUAGCCCGGUGAUGACGUUCAUUUUGUGCGCCCGGAGGUGAAGCUCCAUUCACGAAACUAUGGCGAGUGCUAAGAAGAGUGCUCUCCUUUCCUCUUUGGCGGUCUAUGGGGACGAUUCGGAACCCGACGACUCUGAUCCUGAACCAGAAGAGACAGAAGAGGAGGAGCACACGGGAGCAGGAGGACUUGUGUUUGGCUACAGCGAUGAGGACCUCAUUCGAACUGAGGAUGCUGCCGGCCAAAAGGAAUCUGAAAAUGAAGACAGCAGAGAGAGUAACUCGGGAAUGACCAAUGACGAGUCUGAGGAGGGAAGGGACGCAGAUGAAGUUGAGGUACCACAACUGGAAACUAAAGAUCCGAAUGAGCUUGUUGCUCUCUUCUCAGAGAAGGUGCGAAACAUGUCACCUGAUGAGAUCCGAAUUCCACCCGAGCCCCCGGGACGCUGCUCCAUCCAACUACAGGAGAAGAUCCACAAGCUCUACGAAAGAAAGCUCCAUGGAGAUUUUGACACCAACAGCCACAUUCAGAAGAAAAAAGAAUUCAGGAACCCAAGUAUCUACGAGAAGCUCAUUCAAUUCUGCAGUAUCGACGAACUGGGCACCAACUACCCAAAAGAUAUGUUUGAUCCUCACGGCUGGUCAGAGGACUCCUACUACGAAGCUCUCGCUAAAGCGCAGAAAGUGGAGAUGGACAAGCUGGAAAAAGCCAAAAAGGAGCGGACCAAGAUCGAGUUUGUCACGGGCACAAAGAAAGGCACCAACCCAUCCAACACGUCAGCGUCAACCACAAGCAGCGGUAGCAGCACCACCACCUCCGCAUCCGCAGAUGCUCAGAAGCGGAAGAGCAAGUGGGACUCGGCCAUCCCGGUCACGUUGGCCCAGCCCGCGCUCAUCACCACCACAUCCACCUUGCCGGCCGUGGUGUCCGUGACCACCACAGCCAGCGGCACCAAGACCACCGUCAUAUCUGCGGUGGGCACCAUAGUUAAGAAAGCCAAACAGUGAAGCAGGCGCCUUUGCAGGUGAUGGAUGGCAAGUGGGCUGGCUGGUCCCCCCAAUGGGGUGUAGACACACACACGCGGACUUCUUUCUCUGGGAUUGAAAACUGCGCUUUUUCAUGGGAACUAACUCUUCAUUCUUUUGCUGCAAGUCAUCAUUUUGGUUUUUAGCAUGUUGCCAGCAGUCAGUGAGAUGAAAAAAGUGUAAAUGAGAAAUUGGGCAUCAUGUUCCGAUGCGGCGGCGGCGGCGUACCUCUUAAAGCUAAAAGGCAUUUUGAGGACGUGUGUUUUUUUUCUUUUUUCUACUCUUGUAAAUACUGGACGUGUUUCUGAUAGAUAAAUAAAUGGAUCCGAUAUUUUCAGCGGAA